GCCCGCACCGCUUAUCUGGCGGUCCGCAGCUGGGCCCUGUGAGCGAUAUCGGGGCCGCCCAGCCUCGCGGUGCGGCUGCUCAAACGUGAUCGCUGUUCUCUCUUCUCCUUGCCUUAUUUCUGAAAGAUUGGGGCCUGGCUGGAGGGCCUCGGGGAGGCAUCGUGUACUCGGCCAGCAUCCCUGCCAGGUGCGAUGCCCGCAGGCCCUUUGUGCUUCCCUGCGCCCUCCCGGGUUUCCUUUCGGCAGACCCUCCACAUGCUCGGUCCACUCCUGCCCUGGUGGGGGCCUGCGGCCUCAGGUUGUCACUUGGGAAAGGCUUCUCAAAUCUGUCGGCUUUUUCAUCUCCACGUGUUCUUGCACUGAAUAAAAGGUGAAAGAAGAAAUGGCCACUGCUAACCUUUGAUCUCUGAAUAGAACCUUGCAGACUCCCAGGUGUAGAGCUAAUCCACGUACACCUGAAGACCAGAGCCAUUACUUAGCAGCGCUGCUUGAGGGCAUACUCGGGUUGCUUGUUCUCAACCUCAACAUCUGUCUAGUCACUCACUAAAUUGCAGACCCUUUUCAGGAAGAAAUGGAGAAGUAAACCAGUUGCAAUUCAUCUUUCAGAUAUGUUUGCCUUUACAGAGAACGGAACUUAGAAUUUUAAAAGUUGCUGAAAUUAUUUUGGAGAGAUGCACUUAGUGAUUUUCAGAGACUUUUCAAAACAGAAAUUGCCUUUGCAAAGUUGUACAGAACAUAGCCAUGUAGGAGGGAUGUUCAUGUUAAAAGUGUUUGGUCAGGGUUGGAGUUUGUGCUGCUUUGCCUUUUGGGCUUCUGCCACUUCUUUUUGCCAAUUGGACUCUUCCUGACAUUGAGACAGACCCCAGACACCCUAGAUAUCUGGAGUUCAUUGUCACAGUUGAGUAAAUGCCUCUUGCCAGCACUCCCUGAAUGGAGAUGUUCCCACCAUUAAUAAGACCCGUGGCUGAAGUUAGCCAUUGGAGACUGUAUUCCUCAUUUAUACACCUGUCACUGCCCAGAGUUCAACAGAAAGAGUUGAUGUGUUCAUUGGAGCUUAUAAUUGCCGUGGGAACUUUCAGGUUGUGUUCAAGUUGAUGGAGGUUCACUAAUGUAGUGACUUAUGUGGAAGUUUGUACAGAAAAUCCAGUGGCAGUAACUGACCUCAGCCAUGUAAUGUGGUGGUGGGAGAACAGCCUAACCUGACUUGUUAUAUUCUGAACUUCUAGGGAUUUGGUGAAGUUGGUUUGCAUUUUUCCAGAAGGCAAUGGACCAUGCCAGGGCAGCAAUCUUUAACUUGCUCAUUACCUACUUGAACAUGCAUGGAUUAUAGAAUUGAGUAUAGCUAUCCUGUGCAACAGGUGGCUGUGUUGAUGGAAGUGUAUGAAAGAUACUUGAUGAGUAGUGAGCUAUAUUUAUUCAAAAAAUAUCACUACUUAUCAGUAUUGGAGAAGAUGAUGAAUCCAAAGCAGUGUUAGGUGCUGCUGUGUGGGUGGUGAGACAAAUGUCACUGCAAAUAGCUGGCCAUGAUAAGGAAGUGGCUCAAGCAGUUCAGUGUUGGUGGGGUUAUCAACUGCUAUCGUGUUUUGGAUCUCUGAGAGCUGGUAAGAAAGGGGGGGCAGGCCUUGAACAAAGUUGCAGAAGGAAGUGCUGCUGAGGAAGCCGUUCAAAUGUCUGCUGGGACAAUCAGCAUGUGUUCUAUUGUUACUUGGGCGGUGGGAAUUCAAACAAAAGUCCACCUUUUGAAAGCAACCUGUGCUUGAAACAAAUGUGCAGGAGGAGAUACUUCUGAACUUGUUCAGCCAAGCCUGCAGGUCCUAGAGAAGUUGGAUUGUGAAAUGACCCGAGGCUAGGACUGCAAGUGUGGUGGUUUGGUCUCUGAACAAGAAUGGAGAGGAUAUGUGGGGUUGGAGCAUGUCUUCUGUGUUAGGACAUGCCUCCUCAAGUGGCAUGUGAGGGAAGCCAAGUUGUGGAGCAGAUGAGCAGGGGGAGUGUUAGGACAGACUUCGGUGUUGCCCUUUCCAAAAUACGAGCAGGCAGCCGCUUCACUGUGGGUAGUGUGGGUCAGAGUGGAGCUGCAGGUCUGAAACAACAUUGGUUUCUUUUGUCCAAGCAAAUGGGCAAGCAGAUAACUGGUCUCUUCACUUCUAGCUCUGACACUCAGUUUGAGAGUGAGCUGAGAACUGUGGAUGAGCUGCUGAGGUUGUAACAGGGUUUAGCUUGUUACCAGCUGCUUCUCCAGUAUAGAGGAGAGUGCUGUUCCCAAAGCUAUUCCUUUGGCCUUUUAGCCAGUUUCACUCUACUCCCCAGCACAACCAUGGCUGCAGGCAAUUUCAGCGUUUCUAAUGGAAGCUGAGUGGUUCAGCCAGUGGCUGGCUAUGCCUGGAAUUGAGUUAAUCUGAGCAGCUGCCUUGUGCACAGGCUGCUGUUCUGCAGGGGGCUGGGCUGUGCCUUGCACCUGUUUAGAAAAGUGGGCUCCAGACUGGAAGCUCUGCUUGGACACUGGUAAAAACCUGUCAAACAGUGCCAGUUGUUGGUUGGUGCAAGAGAUGUAGCCUCAGUUUUCAUGUUAGCUGAGGUAGCAUAAUGCCCAUGGGUCAUCUCUCUUCAGCCUGGCUGCUCUGUAAUACUACCAUAUGUGUAAUAGUGUAAUUUAAGGGUAGCCUUAAGGGAGUUUAAUACAAAAUUAUCUGGGUGUUGGAUGAGAGUAUUUACAUCAAAGUGGAUGUGGCUGAAAGGCACAGCCAUGGACGGUUGCUUCCCCUUUCCUGUCUUCAUCAAAGUGUAAAUUGUCCACAUUCAAGUCUGAACUGUGCUCUGCUGACUGAGACCAGGAGUUUCUGCUUGAAUCGGCCUCAGCCGUGGGGUCACAUGGGAAAUGCCGAUGCCAUUGGCUGCUUCAUUUCUGUAACAGACUCCAGGCUAGACUCUGAUCAGUGUGGCUCCAAACUUGUGUAGGUUUGGUGGCGAGCCAACGUCAUACACACGCUUCAGCAUUGCCCGGCAAAUGGAUGGAGACAACAGCCACGUGGAGAUGAAGCUGGCCGCUGAUGAGGAGGAAGGAGGGGAAAUUGGGAGACCAGACCACCUGCAUGCCAACAUGCCUCCUCCACGGAGGAAUGGCAAGAACCUCUGCUUCAUAAUCAUGGCAGCUGUUCUCCUCCUUUUGAUUGGAUUUCUGGUCGGCUACUUGAGUUAUCGUGGACGAAUGCAGAGGGUUAACAGGUGUCUGGAUGGAAGUGGCAACUGCGAGAUGACUCCUACUGCAUCUUACUUCUCAGAUGAUGGAACAGAGGAAGAAGAGGUUUCUGGACCACGUAUCUUAUACUGGCCUGAUCUCAGAAACAUGUUGACAGCUAAACUGUCAGCUUCACGUCUUGAGAACAACCUGAGGCAAAGAGAAGGUAAGAAUUCUUUUGAAGCUGGCAAGACUGAAGAUGAGAACACUGCCAGACGCAUUCAUGAACAGUUCACCAGCUUCCGUUUGGAUGACGUGUGGAACGAUGAGCACUAUGUUAGGCUGCAGGAUAAAGGCAGUAGCAACAACCAAGUGUCUGUUAUAGAAAAUGGUCGAGAAGAGUUGUUGGAGAGCCCUGAUGCAUAUGUGGCAUACAGCAAGAGCGGCACAGUUACUGGCAAACCCAUCUAUGUGAACUACGGGGAGAAAGAGGAUUUUCAGAAGCUCCGAAAUGUGGGUAUUCCAAUGAAAGGAACUAUAAUCAUCUUCAGAGCUGGAAAAAUAACCCUUGCUGAGAAGGUUGCAAAUGCCAGAAAGGAAGGAGCAGUUGGUGCCCUGAUGUACCUGGAUCCCUCAAAUGGCAAGAAGGCAGAUUCAUAUGUCCCCUUUGGACAUGCCCACCUUGGAACUGGAGACCCUUUCACCCCAGGCUUCCCUUCUUUCAACCACACCCAGUUCCCACCAGUGGAAUCUUCUGGACUACCUCAUAUUCCUGUUCAAACUAUCUCUAGAGAAACAGCAGCCAAACUAUUCGGAAAAAUGGAUGGAGAAAAAUGCCCUCAGGAGUGGACAUCUGAUAUCGUGGGAUGUAAGGUGACAGUGAGCAGCAGCAGCAACAUGACUGUGAAACUGACUGUGAACAACAUUAUGGUGGAUAGGAAGAUUCUGAACAUCUUUGGUGUUAUCAAGGGAUUUGAAGAACCAGAUCGGUACGUUGUGAUCGGAGCCCAGAGAGACUCCUGGGGGCCAGGAGCAGCCAAGGCUGGUGUUGGCACUGCCAUCCUGUUAGAGCUUGCCCAGGUGAUCUCGGACAUGGUGAAAAAUGAUGACUACAAACCACGGCGCAGCAUUAUCUUUGCUAGCUGGAGUGCGGGAGAGUAUGGAGCUGUGGGUGCUACCGAGUGGUUGGAGGGGUACUCCACCACGCUGCAUGCCAAAGCCUUCACUUACAUCAACUUGGAUACUGCAGUCCUGGGCUCCAGACACGUGAAGAUUUCUGCUAGCCCGUUGCUGUAUUCAUUGCUGGAGGCAACUAUGAAGAGGGUAAAGGACCCCGCAAACAAUCAGAGAUACCUGUAUAGCAGAGUUGGCUCUGACUGGAUAAAGAGAGUUGUUCCCCUUGAUCUGGAUAAUGCAGCAUUCCCUUUUCUGGCCUACUCGGGAAUUCCAGUGGUUUCAUUUGGUUUCUACGAUGAGGAUGAUGAAUAUUUCCUUUUGGGCACUACUAUGGACACUUUGGCUAACCUGAAAGAGAAGACUGACAAGUUGUAUCCUCUCAUGCUUACUGCUGCAGAAGUUGCUGGACAAAUAGCUCUCAGGCUGACCCAUGACCAUGAGCUCUUCCUGGACUUUGAUAGAUACAGUGAAGAAUUGCUAUCAUUCCAGGAGAAGCUUUGGCACUUCGAUUCCCAUGUGAAGGCACUGGGGCUGACCUUGAACUGGCUGUAUUUUGCCCGUGGAGACUUCCAGCGAGCUGCAGAUGCACUGAGAAGAGACAUCGCAAACAGUGACAGGGAAAACAGGAUUGUCCGCAGAGCUCUGAAUGACAGGAUGAUGAAGGUGGAAUACGACUUCCUCUCCCCAUACCUCUCACCGAAGGAUACUCCCUUCCGCCACAUCUUCUUCGGCAAAGGCAGCCACACCCUGCAGAGUCUGCUGGAGACCCUGGAGCAGCUGGCAGUCAACAAGACCAGUGUGGAUGUGAACAAGCUGAAAGAGCAGCUGGCCCUGGCGACCUGGACCAUUAAAGGAGCUGCCAAUGCUUUAGUGGGCGAUAUCUGGAAUACAGACAAUGAAAUCUAGACACAGCAAACACCUGGAUUACCCAUCUAAGGUACAGGAGAGCUGUGUGCUCUCACGGGAGUACAGCUUCCUUCCUGGCCCCAGCCCCAGCAGAGGGCCUUGCUGUGUAGAUCUAGUUCCACCUGUAGCAACACACACAAACUCCCUGUACCUCAGAUUAGGCAUUGGCAUGAUUUUUAAAUGGCAGCUUCUUGCAGACUUCCAGUACUUUAGAUAUUGUGAAACCUAAACAAAACCCCCUGAAACCUAAGUGAAACCCACUUGCUAACAUGGCAUUACUUUCCUGUAGAUAUUCUGGCAACAAAACGUUUUUGACCAAAGUUGAGCAUAAAAUUUAAAUCUCACCUUGAAAAAUUCACAGGAAGCAGUUUUAAAUUUGUUACUAAGAUUACCAUGAAGUCUUCUCUGACCAGGCUCUCACCUAACCACAGUCCAAACCGGUCAUGUACAGCUGCUUAUGGGGUUUUCUGCCUCCAGUGUACUUAAAAACUAAGAGCUCAGGUGUUUCCUGAACUGGUACUUUGAAUAGGGAGGUACCUCAUCUACUCAGGCUUUAAAUUGUUGGCCACCUAAACCUAGUAACAAAACAGGGAAUGGAUUCCUCUGAACACUGAUAAUGAGGAUCCCUUCUCUGGCAGGAAGCUGCAGAAAGCUGCAGUUCAAAAAUUAAACAAUGUAGUAAUAGCCCACAAGUGCUGGAUUAUCAGCAAGCUCUGAAGUGCCCGGCCUGCCUUUACUCAACAGCAGGGUCCCAGUGACAUCUUGCUUCUGCCAAGGCAGGUUAUCAAUACCCAGGGAAAAAUGACCCAAAGAUGAUUCCAUGUCCCCUUGAUACUCUCAGCUGGCACCUCAGCAAGUCCUGCAGCAUUGAGAAAUGGCUUUAAACUGGCACUUCAGACCUUGCUGCUCAGGGGCCUUGUGUGAAAUCGAGUAUCUUGCUCGCCAAACCCUGUUGACUGAUGUCAUUUUGCAGGUUGGCUCUUGUUUGGCACUGAGAUAUUUAUUUCUUUAUUUAUUUAUCAGUGACAGUGUUCACUAUAAAUGGUGUGUUUUUUUUAUAGAAGAUAAUUAUCGGAAGCAGUGCCUUCCAUAAUUAUGACAGUUAUACUGUCGUUUUUGAAUAAAGCAGCAUCUGCUAUUACAGUCUAACAUGAUACUGGAACUUUGCAUUUAAAAUAAUCAAAACAAGCCCUUCAAAAAGUUUUGGAAAACUAGCAAUUAAGCUUUCUGUGGCAAAAACACCCCUCUGGAAGAAACUUGAAUUUGCAAACCUGGUGGUGAGUCUCCAGGUUGUGCUCCAAAGCAAUCCUUGAAAUACUGAAAACCUGGGUGGAAAUUCCAGUACUAGAAAUGUGUCUUCCUUGCAGGGUCUGUGCUUCUCUGUGGGCUUCAGACUUCUUCCUGCUCCCCUUUCUGGAUGCCAUGUGCUCUCCCAGGGAGCACAGCUUCCUUCCUGGCCCUGGUCCCAGCAGAGGGCCUUGCUGUGUAGCCCUAGUUCCACCUGUGGCAACACACAAAAACUCCCUGUACCUCAGAUUAGGCAUUGGCACGAUUUUUAAAUGGCAGCUUCCUGCAAACUUCCAGUACCUUAUGUAUCAUGAAACCUAACUGACAUUAUCGGGGGCAGUGUCUCCCAUAAUGUGUAAAGAACAAGGUAGUUUUUGCCUACCACAGUGUUAUAUCGGAGGCAGUGACCUCCAUAUGUUGCACUAUGGGUGUACGUAAUUAUCGGGGACAGUGUUUCCCAUAAUUGUUCUAUGCUUAUCACGCAAGGUCAUCUGCGAAGCUUGAUGGUUAGUAUCUAACAUGGAUUAAUUUCCUGCAGUCCUAUUUUUUCACUCUCCUGUGGUGAUGCAGAUAUAAACUUCAGUCUGUUAUGUACAUCCUUAGACUCUUCCUUCUCCAUAGGCUGAACUUUUUCAAAUAGCUGUGCUGUCUUGAAUUGGCUUCCUGCCUCCAGUCACGGGAGUGGUGCUUGAGUGUUUAGUGGAAACUAGGCUUAGUUAGACUGUGCUCUGUGGUGUGCUAAACUUCCUUCAAAUUAGUGACAGAGAGCUGAGGAAUUAAAGGUGAAUGUAGGGCUUGGGGCUGACAGCUGUCCGGAGGGCUCUGGUCACUGCUCUGGAUGGGUGCAUGUAACAUUUUGAGAGGCUGACCUGCUGUGGCACUGGGAGGGUGCUGGUGUGUGUGCAUGGGCCGCUCACUCUCCAGUUCUGGCUGGAAAUUCCAGUCUUGCCCCCUUGGGUGUUGCAUGGAGAGAGGAAAAUCAGUGGCAGCUUUCUAAUGGUGCCACUCUGCUGUGUGACCUGAAGCUGAGCACUGCUGUUGUGUGACACCUGCUAAACUGUGCUGCCUGUUCCCAGUGGCUGUUGCCAGCCCUGUACUUUGCAGUUUGAUUUGGCAUUUGAACCUAACAUGCAGCUUAGUUUUAACCUAAACUCUGCAGUUUGAUCUGGCAUUUAAAUCUAAUGUGAGCGAGUGACCUGAGCCCCAGCAGUAGUCCUUGAGGGAAAGAACACUGUUCAGCUGGAGCUCCACAAGGAAUGGGCAGGGACUGGCCUCCAGCCUAGUUACUGAGCUCAGUGCUCACCAGCUUGGAGGGCCAGAUUUUCAUCAGUCUCUAGAAACCUGAUGCCCAGGCUUGUGCAACUUGUUGCUCUUCCUUAACUUCUCUUAACUCUCUAACUUCCUACAGCCCUGUCUGUUUUAAGUGUUUCCUAGUGACAUUUCCCUGGAUGGCAUCUAAGAGCUGCUGUCUGGGAAUCCUCACCGUGGUGUUUGCAUGCAUCUUGAUGUCAGACUUAAUCUUGUGCUUUGUAGCCAGCAGAGAGAGACAAAAGACAACUUGUCUCCUGGCUAGGCAGCACAGCCGUGACUACUGGGAUGUUGGGAUGGCUCACUCAGUGCUGGCAUCUGACUGCUGUGGGGUGCUAAACUGUUUCUGGAUGUUUCUGGAUAUUCUGCUGUUUGCUUGAAAAAAGUAUUUUUGAAGCUUGAACACUCAGCUUCUUUUGUGGGGUUCUGGAUUACCUGUUGUCUGCUUUAAUAAAGAUUUUGAAGCUUGAACAUU